AACCUUUUGUCUUAAUAACGUUCCUAGUACGCCAUAAUCCACUUUGCGACGAAAUUUCAUUUUCAGAUCUUAUAUUUAAUUUUGGUGACCCACCACACCGCAAUCUAUUCAUUAAUUUAGAUCUACCAGAUGGAUGAACGGAGCCGUUACGUGAAACUGACUAAAGAUCAGAAACCUGUUGAACAAGAUAUCCAGCCUGGUGAACUUAAUCAACCCAUUCAUGUUCCUCAGUUGGCCGUUCCGAAGUGCAUGGAAUGUGGACAACCACUACCCGAAAGCUAUGCACCUCCUGCUGACGAGCCUUGGAUGACUGGGAUCUUUGGAUGUGCUGAAGAUAGGGAGAGUUGUUUGACAGGACUGUUUUGUCCCUGUGUUUUAUUUGGCCGCAAUGUAGAAAGCUUGAAUGAAGACACUCCUUGGACUGGACCAUGCAUUUGUCAUGCCAUUUUUAUUGAAGGUGGCAUUGCUCUUGCAACAGCAACUGCAAUCUUGAAUGGUGUCAUUGACCCAGGGACAUCAUUUCUAAUUUUUGAGGGUUUAUUUUUUACUUGGUGGAUGUGUGGCAUAUACACUGGUCAGGUUCGACAAAACUUACAAAAGAAUUAUCACUUACAGAAUUCGCCUGGUGAUCCUUGUUGUGUUCACUGCUGCUUGCACUGGUGUGCCUUGUGUCAAGAACACAGGGAGAUGAAGGGACGGCUCUCGGAAAGUAUUUCCUCAGAAACCACCAUUGUAAAUCCUCCUCCGAUUCAAGAAAUGAAGUCUGCUGAUGUAAAGGAGACUCCUGAAUCCUCUUCUGCUAACAACAGUGACCACACUAAUUUAGAAAUGCAGGCUCUAUAGAGUAUUAACAUUGUUAACAUCCAAAAGAGUAACAUGUAUUUUGGAAUUUUGCUUGGCAGAGAAUUAUUUUCUUAUACCUUUUGGGAUGAGUUCCCUGUGUUACCUUAGACAUGUAGAUCACAUAUGGAGACACCACUUUUCUGCCUUCAAAUGCCAAAUUAUACUGAAUCAAUAUUUUCAAAACUUCACUGAUUUUUGGGCUUUUUAA